AUGUAACCACAAGUUAAAACAGUCAAUUCUAACAGAUCCACUUCUAAUAUUUCAUCGUUUAAUGAUGAUAGAACCUUGGCUAACAGCAGAUCAAAUCUAAAUAUCAGCUCUAUAUCCUCAUAGUUCGUGAAUAAUCAGAGAAGACCAGGAUUUUUCCAAAAAUCGCCCCCAACUACUAGAGAUCUAAUGAAAAAAUGUUUACUAAGUGAUAGAGUUUUAGACAAUGCUGAAAGAAGACUUUCUAGUGCAGUAUCACCCACUUAUAAAAGUCAAAUUAAAUUUUAAUUGGAUCUGAGCAGUAAAGAAAAUGUUGAGCCAAGAUAAAAAUCGAUUAGGAGAUAAUCACCUUAUGCUAGGAGAGAAUCAAUGGGAGGAUUAAUUCACGACUACUAAAUGAAAGUUACCAAAAAUGUUACAGGGAAACUCAAUUAAGCUGCACCUUCAAAGGUAAUGAACUUCAUGAAGGAAAAUAACUAUCAUCCCUACUACGUUACUUAGGAGCAUUGUAAGUUAAUUACAAUAAUUGAAAAUUGUUAUAGAUGA